AUGGAAGAUUUAUACGACGAUGAGCUGGAAGACGAAGAGACCACCGAUGUCUAUCGCGUCACGAAACGCAACAACAUUCUCGUCUGCCAUGGCAACAAGACGUCGAUGAACUUGAACGCGCUGGUGCUAGAGAACGUCGUGCAGAGCCAGUACAACAAAAACGUGCUCGUCGAAUACACGACUUUCCAGCAACUCCUCGAUGAGGCUUUCUAUAAUGUUCGUCAUCUUGAACCGUGGGAACGCGGAACCCGGAAGACUCAAGGAAUGACUGGAAUGUGUGGAGGAGUUCGUGGUGUGGGCGCUGGCGGAGUAGUUUCAACGGCUUUUUGUUGUCUUUAUAAGUUCCAUACCCUGAGGAUCACCAGGCGGCAGUUGCUGAUGCUCAUCGAUAACCGACAAUCUGCAUAUUUACGUGGUCUGGGCUUCAUUUACGUUCGCUAUACUCAGCCACCCGCCGAUCUUUGGAGCUGGUUUGAGCCAUAUUUUGAUGACGACGAGGAGGUUGAUCCUCGUUCCGGUGGCGGCGAUCAGAUGACUUUCGGAAAUUUUGUGCGUUUGAUGCUUACAAAACUUGAUUGGUACGGCACCCUUUUCCCUCGGAUUCCGGUGCCUAUUCAGAAACAAAUUGACGAAAAUUUCACAGCGAAGCGCCAGUCCAGCUUGCAGGAAUUUGAGCGUAACAGAUCCAGGGAGCGCGACCGUGAUGAUCGGGAUCGACAGAAGCGACCGCGUGAAGAAGAUAAAAAGAAGGAGGAAGUUCCGACCAAGAAGAUACGAACUCGCUGUGGCCAUCACCUACGUCAUCACCAUUGCACGAAACACCGGAAGAAGUGCUCCCGCAAAGCGAAAGAGGAACGACAGAAGAGAGAAGCUGAGAAGAAGGAAGAGUUGAAAAACGGGAGCUCCGCCGAUGUGCAUAUGGGCGACGCC